AUGGUCAACCAUGGAGUCUCCAAAGCUUGCAAAGAAUGCAAGAAACGGCGGAAGAAGUGCGAUGCGACCCGUCCGUCUUGUAACCGGUGUCUCAGAUCCCGCAGAGCGUUCCCGGGCUACGAAGAGGACCCAGGCUUUGUGUUCCGCAACUACGGAGUCAUCAGCUCCGGCAGUCAUCGUGCCUCUCCGGUCGAUUCUACCCAGGUGCCUACCGAGGUGCCUACCGAGGACAGCAACUGUGCAGCCACUGUCAGUCCUUCGAAUCUAGAUGAUGCCGAACUUGAAGCGCUCAGUGUCAACACCUUCUUUGCAGACUUCUGUGUGCCAUCAAGGGACCGACUGCUUUCUCGAGGGUUUCUAGAUGGUCUCGAGCCUUUGGUCGACCAUGCGGGGUCUUCCUCCGACAUCUCCAAAGCUGUGAGGGUCGUGGCUCUGGCAGCAACAGGUAACCGGAAUGGCAGAAGCGGUCUACUUGUGAAGGCCAAGCACAUAUACGGAGACCUACUACGUUCGUUCCAAACCAGCAUCUCCAACCCCGAGACAGCAAACACGGCAGAGUCCUUGAUGGUAGCAGUAUUACUAGGGCUCUAUGAGAUUAUAAUCAGCAACGAAGGGCAUCCUGGUCAUCACACCGCCCACGUUCGUGGUGUGUCUGCCAUUCUCUCCAGCAAGAACUCCCCUUUUGAUCUCUUGGGCGGAAUGCAGCUAUUCCAACUGAACAAUCCCAUAUUGCUCAAGGAGCCAUUGAAACAAGCCCAGGAUGUCGGCGUCCUAUGCGCACCAAUUGUAAACUCUAGGGUGCAAAGCCUGGACUCAAUCCUGCUCAAAUUCAAUCCCAUCUUCUAUCGAGCGAAUGAUUUGCUCUCCGGAGAUUCCCAAAUCUCAGAGUCCGCCGUCCGCCAAGUGAUGGAAGACGCUCUGAGUUUGGAAACAAUGUUUGCGACUUGGGCAGCGAGCCAGACUUUAGAAUGGAAGCCGAAGACAAUUGGAAGAUCCUCGCGUAACUCCUCUGCAUACGGAUUCUGCUGUCCAGGAAGGAUUGACGUCUAUUUCGAUUUAUACGUGGCGGCAGUCUGGAACACUUAUCGCAAAACACACCUGUUGAUGCUCGAUGUUGUUUUUAGGUGCAAGAAAUGGCUCGGGCUAGACAUGGCCUCACAUACCAGGGAGGAGCGAGAAGCGUAUAGCCUUGUCGAAGAAAUCGUCGCCUCAAUUCCCUUUCAUCUAAGCUCAGACCCAACGUCUUGUCUCACAGAGGACACUGGUGAAGGUACAGAGCGACUUCCUGGCAAGCCUGUCGGUGGCUUAUUGCUGCUUCAUCCAUUAUGGGUGGUGACCGUUUCGUCUGUGGUCUCGCCAAAGAUGCAGGAUUCGAUGCGGGAUUGUCUAGCAUGGAUAGGCAGGAAUAUGGGAAUCGGCCAAGCAACGUUGCUUUCGCAGUCUGAUGCCAAUCUUCCGUUCCAGUACAUAGCUGAAGGUCAUGUUCUGAUGUGGGCUGGCAUGCUGAUCCACCCAGUCUGA